GGGCUCGGGUGAUCUGCAGAGCGGUAGUAUCGCGAGAAGAGGGAAUGUGCGUAGCUCUUAGAAAUCACUAUGGUGACAGGGAGGUCGGGAGGCUUCUUUUGGUAACUGGUCCUAGGUCUGUGGGAACAAUCGCCACUGCUUUCCUGCAACUUAAGUCUCACAUCAGAAUGUACAUAUCAUGCAGAUGAUCUCAGCUAAAUAGGAUAUAUGGAGAAAAACUGGGCAAGGGAGAAUCUUCCCAGUGUUAGAAUGCCACCCUCUGAUUCAUUGGCCCACGUUUAUCUUUGUGAAUACAAUCAAGUGGCAUUUUAAAAUUUUGCUGAAAGUGGAGACAUGAGACUGAAGAUAUCUCUUUUAAAAGAACCAAAGCAUCAAGAAUUAGUCAGCUGUGUGGGCUGGACUACUGCUGAAGAACUGUAUUCAUGUAGUGAUGACCACCAGAUAGUGAAGUGGAACUUGUUAACCAGUGAAACAAGUCAGAUAGUAAAGCUCCCUGAUGAUACUUACCCAAUAGAUCUUCACUGGUUUCCAAAAAGUUUAGGCAUAAAGAAGCAAACUCAAGCAGAAAGCUUUGUCCUUACAAGUUCUGAUGGUAAAUUUCAUCUGAUCUCUAAGUUAGGAAGAGUGGAAAAAAGUGUAGAAGCUCACUGUGGAGCAGUUCUUGCAGGAAGAUGGAAUUAUGAAGGAACAGCAUUAGUUACAGUUGGAGAAGAUGGACAAAUAAAAAUCUGGUCAAAGACUGGGAUGCUAAGAUCAACUUUAGCUCAGCAAGGAACACCAGUAUAUUCAGUAGCAUGGGGCCCUGAUUCAGAAAAGGUUCUUUACACAGCAGGCAAGCAGCUGAUCAUUAAACCUCUUCAACCAAAUGCUAAAGUUUUACAGUGGAAAGCUCAUGAUGGCAUUAUUUUAAAAGUAGAUUGGAACUCUGUCAAUGAUCUAAUUUUAUCUGCUGGUGAGGACUGUAAAUAUAAGGUAUGGGAUAGUUAUGGCCGCCCUCUGUAUAAUUCACAACCUCAUGAGCAUCCUAUUACCUCAGUUGCCUGGGCUCCAGAUGGAGAAUUAUUUGCUGUUGGAUCGUUUCACACUUUACGCUUGUGUGAUAAAACUGGGUGGUCAUAUGCUUUAGAAAAGCCCAACACCGGCAGCAUAUUUAACAUUGCAUGGUCAAUUGAUGGCACUCAGAUCGCUGGAGCCUGUGGAAAUGGGCAUGUUGUGUUUGCGCAUGUGGUGGAACAACGUUGGGAGUGGAAAAAUUUUCAAGUAACAUUAACUAAACGAAGGACCAUGCAGGUUCGUAAUGUUCUUAAUGAUGCAGUGGAUUUACUGGAAUUCCGUGAUAGAGUCAUUAAAGCAUCUUUGAACUAUGCACACUUAGUUGUUUCAACAUCUCUUCAAUGUUAUGUGUUCUCUACGAAGAACUGGAAUACACCACUUAUAUUUGAUCUAAAAGAAGGAACUGUUAGUUUAAUUCUACAGGCAGAAAGACAUUUUCUUCUUGUAGACGGUGGUGGUAUCUAUUUAUAUUCUUAUGAAGGCCGGUUCAUUUCUUCUCCAAAAUUUCCUGGAAUGAGAACAGAUAUUCUGAAUGCACAGACUGUAUCUCUGAGUAAUGAUACCAUAGCAAUAAAAGACAAAGCUGAUGAAAAAAUAAUCUUUCUUUUCGAGGCAUCAACUGGAAAACCAUUAGGUGAUGGGAAGCUUCUUUCUCAUAAGAAUGAAAUUUUGGAAAUUGCUCUGGAUCAAAAGGGGCUUACCAAUGAGAGAAAAAUUGCCUUCAUUGAUAAAAAUAGAGAUCUCUAUAUCACUUCAGUGAAACGAUUUGGGAAGGAAGAACAAAUUAUCAAACUUGGGACAAUGGUGCAUACUUUGGCAUGGAGUGAUACAUGCAAUAUUCUUUGUGGACUUCAGGAUACUCGAUUUACCGUGUGGUAUUACCCCAAUACGGUUUAUGUGGACAGAGACAUUUUGCCUAAAACAUUAUAUGAAAGGGAUGCAAGUGAAUUUAGUAAAAAUCCCCAUAUUGUGAGUUUUGUUGGAAAUCAGGUAACUAUAAGAAGAGCUGAUGGCUCGCUGAAUCACAUCAGCAUAUCACCAUAUCCUGCUAUUCUUCAUGAAUAUGUAAGCAGUUCAAAAUGGGAAGAUGCUAUAAGACUUUGUCGCUUUGUUAAGGAACAAACCAUGUGGGCUUGCCUCGCUGCUAUGGCAGUCGCUAACAGAGAUAUGACGACCGCAGAGACAGCCUAUGCAGCAAUUGGUGAAAUUGAUAAGGUUCAAUACAUCAAUUCUAUAAAAGAUCUUCCAUCUAAAGAGUCAAAAAUGGCUCACAUACUGAUGUUUAGUGGGAACAUACAGGAGGCUGAAAUGGUCCUUCUUCAGGCUGGCCUUAUUUAUCAAGCGAUCCAGAUCAAUAUUAAUCUCUAUAACUGGGAAAGGGCACUUGAAUUGGCUGUAAAAUAUAAAACACAUGUUGAUACAGUUCUUGCUUACCGUCAAAAGUUUUUGGAGACAUUUGGUAAACAGGAAACUAAUAAACGAUAUUUACAGUAUGCAGAAGGUCUCCAAAUAGAUUGGGAGAAAAUCAAAGCCAAAAUUGAGAUGGAAAUUACUAAAGAACGAGAGCGAUCAUCAAGCAGCCAGUCCAGCAAGCAUAUAGGUCUAAAUCAGAGUGAUGGCUUCCAAACGGGAUGUUGUGUGUUCAUGAUGAAACUGCCACCAUCGGCCACGCAGCUAUUUGUUGGUCAGUUGAGAGCUGUUCAGCUUCCAAGUGAUGAUAGAAUCCUGUUGCUCCUCGCCUGGUUCCAGAGUCACUCCUGGGGAAAUGAGUCUACCUGCUCAUGAAUAUGCUGUGAAACUCCAUGCAUUCCCCUGCUGAUAUUGGACAAAAUUUACCAGCGAUUUUAAAGAAAUGCUUUU